UUUCUGGGGGAGAGCAAUAGAGACGCAGCUUGAGCUAGAAGGGCUGGAGCGGAGGCAAAUAAGGAGACCCGUAGAUUGAGUGGCUAGAGAGGUCGGAGGUAAGUGGCUGUAGAAAUCGGGAGGACCCGGAACACAGACGCCUCGGGACCAUGACUUACGCUUAUCUCUUCAAGUACAUCAUCAUCGGAGACACAGGUGUGGGGAAGUCAUGUCUCCUCCUUCAGUUUACCGACAAGCGGUUCCAGCCCGUGCACGACCUCACAAUAGGUGUGGAGUUUGGAGCACGUAUGGUCAACAUCGAUGGAAAACAAAUCAAACUGCAAAUCUGGGAUACGGGUGGCAUGUGAGCAAGUCACUUCUCUGGAAAUAACCUAGUUUUACUGGGAUUUUUUGUUGCCAUGUUGAUGGUAAAGGCUGGGCAAGAGUCCUUCCGUUCUAUCACCCGUUCCUACUACAGGGGAGCAGCUGGAGCCCUGCUGGUGUAUGACAUCACGAGACGCGAAACCUUCAACCACCUGACCUCAUGGUUAGAGGACGCCCGCCAGCACUCCAGCUCCAACAUGGUUAUAAUGCUGAUCGGGAAUAAGAGUGAUCUAGAAUCUCGAAGGGAUGUGAAGAGAGAGGAAGGAGAGGCCUUUGCUCGUGAGCACGGCCUUAUAUUCAUGGAAACAUCAGCCAAGACAGCCUGCAAUGUUGAAGAGGCCUACAUUAAUACAGCCAAAGAAAUAUAUAGGAAGAUCCAGCAAGGUUUAUUUGAUGUCCACAAUGAGGCAAAUGGCAUCAAGAUUGGGCCCCAGCAGUCAAUUACCUCCUCAGUAGGACCGUGCUCCCCUCAGCAGAACGUUUCUGACAUAGGGCCUGACUCUGGCUGCUGCUGAACACCGGGCCUGAGUGAGCGCUUUCUCUUUCCUCUCGGGGAGCAGCUUCAGGUCAGCCAGCGCCACGAAGGAGAUCCUCGUUGCUUAGGCUGAGAGCAGCCUCUUUUCAGUGUGCGAUGUUUCACCCUUCCACUUAAAACAUGAGGAGAAAAUUGGGCCCUUUCCGACCUGUCCUCCUUUAGGGACAUGAGCAUUCCGCGUAGAUUAUGGCUCUUUCACCCUCUAGUUUCUAAAAUGUUAGAAUCAAAGUUGAUUGUCACAGUAGCUAAAAGGCAAACAACUUGCUGUCAACAUCUAUUUGCUAGGUGUUAUGGCACAUACCCAUAAUUUCAGCACUCAGGACUUUUGGCAAAAGGAUUGCCAGGAGUUUUGGAGUCAGUCUGGGCUACAUAAGUUUCCCUAGGCCAUCUGUCUAAAAAAGCCAAAAAGAAAAGAGAGAAAGGAAUAAAUACAUGUGUCUGUUCCUCACCCAAUUUUUAGUUGCUAAGGUGAAGGAUAUUCUGAUAUAACAUUUAGAAUUAAGGGUCUGAGUAGCCUUUGGGUGAUAGAUCUAUACAUAGUGAUUUCAUUGCGUGUAUUUCCUUGCCUUGGAAACCUGUGUGUCAUAUGAUAAGAGUUCCUAUAGAAGCUGAGUGCCUCUGCACUGUCUCGUUGCCAGCUCCUUUUUAUUUAUUAUGUGUGUACAACCUUGAGCAUCAUUCCUUAGGAUCCCCGCACAUGGGCCCCACAUCUCUAGAGUGCCAUGCUUAGGCAAGGCUUGCUGGCCUUUUUCAUUGCUAGUUCUUUUCCUUAACUACAGAACGUAGAAAGCAGUGGAGUGGGUACCGGACCUGUCGCCACACACCCUUACCUAAGAAAACAUAAGUUGUUCAUUUUGCUUAAAGGACCAGUUCUAGCAUUACAUUUUCUUUUACCGAAUUGCUCUCUCUACUGUUACACACACACACACACACACACACACACACACAGGCACACAUGCGAGCCCGUGCACAUGCCCUGGAGAUUAAGCUAGGUUCUUAAACAUGCUUAGGAAGUGCUGAACCUGAGCUGUGCCCUCAGGAGCCUUCUCUUACUUACACUUUUUGUUUACAGACAGGUUGCUGAGGCUGGCUUUGAACUUGGGAUCCUGAGGCUUCAGACUCCCAGGUGGCUGUUUAUUCUCUCUAACCAGCUCUGUUAGAUAUUUCCUCUAAUCAAGCUAAUUGGUUACUGAAAUGACAUAUUUAUCCCAACUUCUGUACCUUUGCACAAACUCUACCCUCUGACCCUCCACUACCAUCAUACUGACACUCUUUUCCUUUAGGAAACCCUCACUGACUGACCUAGGGAGCCCUACGAAGUUGUUAACACAGUACUUCUUAGCAUUCCUACGUUAUCCAUAUGUAUAUUUAUUUGUAUGUGUUUCACGUUAUAAAUGUUUUGUAGUGAACCCAGGGUGGGUGAGGGGGAAGCAUCUGUCUCACAUAGGCUGUAAGCUCUCUGAGAGCAGGCACCUGUCAUCCCAGUCCAUCCCACCGUUCCCUUACUGUACUCUGCAACUCACCAUCUGGAAUUAAGUGACAUGCUUUAAAACUUAAGAGUUUAGAAGAAACAAAAGGCCUUAGAGUCAUCUCUAUGUAAUUGUAUCCUGGUUUCCCCAUCUCCUUAUCCUGAUUUCUCAUUGCUCUUCUGUCCUGCCUCACUGUAACUGCCUCCAUUCUGUGCAGUCUACAGUAAGAAUGCCUGCUUCCAAGACUCAGAUACAUAGGGACGUUUUUACCCGUUCCGUAGACUCUGUAACUGUCAGCCCAGUUUGCCUCUGCUGACUCCUGGCAUCACCUCCUGGGACACUUGCUGUCUUUUUUACUUGUCUCAUUUUCUUUCACAGCACUGAGGUCUCACCAAAUUUUCUAAUUUUUAUUGUUAAUGACCGUUUUACUAUUAAAUAUAUGCAUGAUCCAAGCUACUUUUA